CAGAAAGAUGAGCGCUAGCAUCAAUUAACAUUCUUUCAUCGAUUUUUAGUGGAGUUUACGCUGAUCAAACGUGCCGUUAGCUAAUUGCGCCGCGAUGGCAGAGGACAACGAACUGGAGAAACGUGCAGUGGAGGAGCUCCUAAAGGAGACGGACAGGGCUCGAGUGAGAGCAGAGACCAUGGGCCCUGCAGGAUGGUUGAAGUGUCCCCUGCACAGCACCAACAAACGCUUCCUCCUCAACACCCUGCGAUCCACUGGCCUGCAGCCGCACACCGCUGAGUCCAGAGACGGAUACUCCGCCACGAGAGGGCGCCUGAGAAGUGACUCCCCGGACAGAAGCCGCAACCGCAGCAGAACGCCUCCCAGAGAUUACAGAAGUAGAGGAGAUCACACAGACCAUAACCACCAAGACAGGGACAGCUGCAAUAGCAAAGAUAAGAAGCUGGAGAGAGACAAAGAGAGGAGUUACAGAGACAAAGACAACAGAGACAGGAGACAUGGAAGGGAUGGACAGAACAGAAGCAGAGAGAGACUUCAUGAAUAAAGACUUCUGUCGAGGGGAGCAACACAGAUUGUACAGAGGCCACUCCCUGUUCAGGCUGCACAGAGGUGGACACUCCUGCCACUGCUCACUGCUGGGCAGCUGACGCACCUCACAGAACUGCUGCAGACUGAGAGAACUGUCCUGUGUACCUGUCUGAGAAGAUGUUUAUUCUAAAGUUUGUAUUCCUGAUGAUGUUUAUACAGGGUAGUUCGUGAGGUUUAUUUGAUUCACUUAAAUUGCUCCUAAAGCCAGUAGUCAAUGUUGAGAAAAAAGAAAGAUGUUCCACUUAAAUUAAACAACUUUUUAUGGACAACAAGUUGCUCCCUCUCCUUACACAUGACUCAUGUUCUGAUGUAUUUCUGUUUUUACCUACAGUGAAUUUGAUUUCAAUUAUAUGGUCAAUACCAA